ACUGUACCCAUCGUUUCCUCACAUUCCUCCAUUCUAUAAUCAAAACUGUUUUGUUUUCAUUUUUGUUUUUGUUUUUCGUGUUUCAGAAAACAAAGUACAGGACUAGGCUGGACUCAGGUUCUGUUGAAAACCACCCGAUUUUGCAGAAUGAUGGAUGCAAAACUAAGCGGAUGGCUCGGUUUCCUAGUGUUCAUGUUAAUCUUGCUGGCGGUGGAAAGUGCCAAUAUCAGCCUUACCUUUGUCGAAACCGCGGCGGCGAAAGGAGCUGUUUGUCUGGACGGGAGCCCACCGGCAUACCACCUAGACAAGGGAUUUGGUGCAGGGGCUGACAACUGGUUGGUUCACUUAGAGGGGGGAGGAUGGUGCAACAAUGUUACAAGUUGCCUUGCACGCAAAACAACACGCUUGGGGUCAUCCAAAGAAAUGCUGCCCAUUCCUUUCUCUGCUAUUCUAAGCAAUGAGCAGAGAUUUAAUCCUGACUUCUAUAACUGGAACAGAGUUAAAAUCAGGUAUUGCGAUGGCUCAUCUUUCACUGGCGAUGUUGAAGAAGUCGACCCAGCCACUGAUCUUCACUUCAGAGGAGCCAGGAUUUUUCCUGCAGUCAUAGAGGAUCUAUUGGCCAAGGGAAUGAAAAGUGCUAAAAAUGCACUUCUGUCUGGGUGUUCAGCGGGGGGGCUGGCUUCCAUUCUGCACUGCGAUAGCUUCAAAAGUUUACUCCCCGGGGAUGCCAAGGUGAAAUGCGUUUCCGACGCUGGUUAUUUUAUCAAUGCGAAAGACAUCUCUGGAGCCCCACAUAUUGAAGAAUACUAUGAUCAAGUCGUUACAUUACAUGGAUCAGCAAAAAAUUUGCCCUCGUAUUGCACUUCAAAACUGAAACCAGAGUUGUGCUUUUUCCCACAAAACGUGGCUGCAGAGAUCAAAACACCACUAUUUAUAUUAAACGCAGCCAUUGAUUCAUGGCAGAUAAGGAACAUUUUGGCACCUAGUGUAGCUGAUCCCCGCGGUACCUGGCGUCAAUGCAAGGCUGAUAUUACCAAGUGCUCAUCUUCUCAGCUUCAAACCAUUCAAGAUUAUAGGAGAGAAUUUUUGGAUGCACUGGAGGAGGGGCUGGGCGAGGAUUCAUCUACAGGAAUGUUUAUAGAUGGUUGCUUCGACCACUGCCAGUCCGAAAUGCAGGAAAGAUGGUUUGCUGAUGACUCUCCACUUCUCAACAACACGACGAUAGCAACGGCAGUUGGAGAUUGGUAUAAGGAGAGGAGGGCAUUCCGGGAGAUAGAUUGCGCUUAUCCAUGCAAUCCAACUUGCCAGAACCGUGUUGAUGUCAAAAGAACUGCACCCAGCAAUGCUUAUCCACUUAGUGAAGAUACCUAGCUAUUUAAGUUUCCUUGCUGAGUCUGCGAAGCAAGUGAAACGUGCAGGCAGCAAACUCAAAUAAACAAAAAAAAAAUAAAAUUAAUAAAUUAAUUUUUUAAUGGCUGAUCGAGUAAUCUACCAAGUAUAGAAGUCCCCAACUCCAAUAUUAAGUUAAGUGUGUGAGUCAUGCAUCAAUCGUGUAAUCUUUUGUUAGCAUUAUCUUCAAUAAACAUUUUAUUAUUAUCA